AGGAAACUCAGUUCCCGCUGAUAGGCAAUCGUUUCGAUCGAUUGAUGAGAGGUUUUUAAUUGCAUUAUCUAUUGGUAGGUACUUGCAGGUUAGCAAAAGUAUCCGGUUCUAUGCCCAAAAUCAUCAAGAUUGAUGAAAAUGAUAAGAUGAUAAAGUUAAAGAAAUGUUUUUACUAGGACUUAACCACCAUCCGAAGAUGUUGGAAUGUGUAAAUGAUUGUGUUGGAGAAUGAUUAUAGUAUUAUAGUACAUGACUAGUUGGAUGGGUAUUUUCUUGUUUUAACAUUAUAUCGUCUGCCUUGGUCUGGUGAAGGUUGGCUACCAAUGACUUGUUCAAUAGAUUGUUCUGUAUAUGAGGUACAUCCGAGAUUUAAACCCAGACCGAGCGUGUUGUCAAGUCGUGCCUUACCGAAUUCAAUGAUUUCAUCAGACAGAAUUGAUGUAAAUUGGACUUCGUGACAUAUUUAAUAACGCAUCACAUGUUACGUUGCUGUAUGGGUAAUUAUUGAGGUAAUUGGAUAUUUACAUUCUUCUCAAUUAUCGAUCCUAGAAUAGUUGUUGCCGAGCUAUUCUUAAACUGUAAUGGCUGGAUAUUUUGCUAGAUUAUUGUACAGAACGUAGUCCCUUGGAGAUAGGAUUUAUGUGAAAAAAAUCCCGGUCAGAUAUUGACCGGUAUAAUUAUCGUCGUUACUGCUACAAUUCGAUAAAGCCAUUAUCAAAGUAUUUUGAACGAAGGGGUGUUAGAGCCAUUUCGGAAAUUAGAAUACCGUUUGCAGCUGAUAUUGUUCGGUUGUUUGAUCGAUGUGUGAGUGUAUGCGGUUCUGUUUUGUUGACACUGUGUAUCAGGGCUUUGUCACCUUUGACAAGAAAAAAGAAGCUUUGGUUUAAGUAGGGGCGCCGUCCGCAGUAAGAUGAGUGGCCGACCGAUGGCACUAUCUCUAGGGCCUCUCGGUGAGACUGUAUGGAAUCGAUACGUUUGUAACCAGAUCCACCUCCAGAGCCGACUCUCAGUCGAGAUGACGAACAUUGAUUGAGGUAAAGGUGAGAAAGGCCAUAUUCGUGCGUACCAAGCGCCCAUCGGUAAGCCAACGCGUUCGUUCCUCUACGCGAAUCGUAAAUCAUUCGGUAACAAUGGGAGCCACUUUUCGCGGUCGCGAUUGAUGGUAGCUGUGUUGAGGGUUUAGCCGAUCGCCACCGUUCAGUAUCAUUCAUCGGUCGGUUUGGGUAACAUCUCCCAAACGGUGAGUAGUUGCAGUAGUGUGGCAGAUAGUUCGCAGUGUUGCAUGACGAAGGAAAAAGCGAGCUUACAGUGAGGUCAUCAGCAGGUGAUCUUUAGUGAAGUUGUCAGGUGCAGGUGAAAGAUGAACUACGACGGUGAUCACCAACAGCCACCUGAUGGGACGGGUCGGUUUGAUCGUUCGAUGCUGAAGCUUGGACCUUUUGACCCACCUCGGUCACCAGGAGGAUACGGAGAACAGUUUGGAUACUCGUCGCCAAUCACUCCAGUGACUCCAGUGACUCCAAAUACCCCGCUCGUGUGCUACUCCAUGAAAAACCGAGUACUUCGACCGGGAGUGAGUCGUAAAUAUCGCAAACGAGCCAUCUUGAAAAAUGGAGACUGUAACGUUGUAUUGUCUCGUCCUCCGCGACAACAUUUGCGCUUCUUGCAGGAUAUUUUUACCACGCUGGUCGAUGCGCAAUGGCGUUGGACGUUGUUAGUGUUUGCGUUCAGUUUCGUCGGGUCUUGGCUGUUCUUCGCCGUCAUCUGGUGGUUGAUAUCAUACACGCACGGUGACCUUGAGGAGUUACAUCUACCCGAUAAUCAAUCUGAAAUCGGUUGGAUUCCGUGCGUUUACAACAUCUACUCGUUCACUUCGGCGUUCCUUUUUUCGAUCGAAACGCAGCACACGAUCGGGUACGGUGUGCGUACGACCACGGAAGAAUGUCCGGAAGCGAUCUUCGUCAUGUGCUUCCAGUCGAUCUACGGUCUCAUGAUCCAAGCGUUCAUGGUUGGCAUCGUGUUUGCGAAGAUGACGCGUCCGAAGCAGCGCAGCCAGACACUGCUGUUCUCGAAAAAUGCCGUCGUCUGUCAGCGUGAUGGGGAACUGUGCCUGAUGUUCCGUGUCGGGGAUAUGCGCAAGAGUCACAUUAUCGGUGCCUCCGUACGAGCGCAGCUGAUAAGAACGAAAACGACGCGAGAAGGUGAAACCAUGGCACAGUAUCAGCACGAGUUGGACGUCGGUUCUGACGGUAGCUCGUCGGAGCUGUUUUUCAUCUGGCCCCAGAUUGUGGUGCACCGGAUCGAUAAGAGCUCCGCCUUGUACAAUCUAUCGGCCUCAGAUAUGCUGCGGGAGCGUUUCGAGAUCGUCGUCAUCUUGGAGGGUACGGUAGAAUCGACGGGCCAAUCGACACAGGCCCGUUCGAGCUACGUCAACACGGAGAUUCUGUGGGGCCAUCGGUUCGAGCCUGUCGUGUGCUACAACAAAGAGCAACAAGGAUACGAAAUCAAUUACAGCAAGUUCGACUCUACACUGCAGGUCGACACACCGCUCUGUUCAGGCCGAGAGCUAGCCGAAUUCUACCGGGCACAGGACGAUUAUCGCCCGUCAACCGAUGUUGGAGACAAUUUGUCCACGAAGACACAACUCGAGCGUCGCUGGAAAGAUCACUAUAGCGCGUUGGUAAACACGAUCAGCCAGUACAAUUUGGCAGAUGAUACCGGUGCUGUGGGCGGCACGGAUCAUCUCUACCCGACCCGCUAUCUCACUAUUCAGGGUGUUCCGAGGAGGAAAAAGUCGUAUGUAGCUUUACAAAACAAUCUGUGGAAUUUGUUCGAUCGUCCACCGAAUCCCAGGCUAAAGAUCACGCCAACGGAUGACAGUUCUAGCAGCCCGCAGCGUGUUUCGGAUGACGAUCCGAUCGUGAACAGUGUAACGGUGAAAAAUGUUAAUGAAAGAUCGUCUGGUGGAGGAUGAAUGCUGGGGCUGUUCAAGUGCAGCAAAGAUCUGGUUUUACGUUUCGCGCUUCUUUGCCCGGUAGGUUUGUGACGGCAUCAGUGUACUUACGUUAAAAUGUACUAGGUUUUGUAAGAACAGAUUAGCUUUAGAAAACGCAAUAUUUUUUCCUUGAAUGCGGUAGGUCAGAGCAGCUAGAAAGAGGAAAUAAAACUACUAUUCUAUUUAUCAUUACAAGAA